AUGUACUGGAUCGUCUCGAUGACGGUCAUUAACGUGCGGCGAUCCGGAAGGCGCCCUACGCAGCCGCUCCCCUGGCCAGCCCUCUCCCCCCUCCCCCUCGAAGUGUGGCCGCAAGCCGUAGCUCUCCGCCAAGCUCCUGUGUAUCCUGUGUAUCGUCGCCUCCUGUCGUCGCCUGCUCAAGCUGCCAACAGACCCCAAAUCUCCCUCGACGCCCCCCUACCCCACACUACAGGUCGUUGCAAGGGUGCGCGACCACGGCCAACCGCCGCCAUGGUGUUCGUGGGCAUAUACCGCGCCGUCUACGACUAUGAGCCUCAGAGCAGCAAUGAGCUGGCCCUGAAAGAGGGCGACAUCCUGAUGGUGCUGGAGAAGUCGACUGAUGACGACUGGUGGAAGGCCAAGAAGAAGGGCGGCGAAGAUGAGGAGCACGAGCCGGAGGGUUUGAUCCCGAACAACUACAUCGAAGAGGCCGGCCCAGUCGCGCAGGCCAAGGCACUCUACGACUAUGCCCGCCAAACGGAUGAGGAGCUCUCGUUCAAGGAAGACGCACUCCUUGAUGUGUACGACACCUCCGAUCCCGACUGGACGCUGGUGGGCGUGGAGAGCGACUACGGCUUCGCGCCUGCAAACUACAUCGAGCUCCUCCAAGGCAGCGCUGAAUCCGCAGCCGCAGCCGCAGCCUCGCCAGCACUGCCCUCUCGUCCUGCAAUGCCUGCCGCUGCCGCUGCCGCUGCCGACUCGGACGACGACCAGCCCCCUACGCCUGACUCGCCCCCGCACCAGAGCCCGGCUGCAGCCCUCGCUGGCAUCAUUCAGAAAAAGUCUGGACAAAGCGCCCCGCGGCCGACCAUCUCUCCACCCCCCAACAUGACUUAA